AUGUCUCAACAUGUCCAACCAGCAAGAAACUCACACCUCCAAACUACCACAGAAACAUCCCGAGAAUCAUCCGUUGUCAGGCUCACAGGGACCCUCCGAUUGAGGGGAGAUGACACACCAAGUACAUCCACAGAACCAGCCCGACGUAUCCGUUGGAGUGAGGAUGUAGUAGACAAUGAAGGAAUGGGAAGAAAAAGUUCGAAAGUGUGCUGUAUCUACCAUAAAGCCCGACCAGUGGGUGAAAGCAGUUCAGAAUCCGAGUCUGAUUCCAGCACUGAUUCCGACAGCGAUGGUGAAUCAGAUAGUGGCAGAGCUAGGCCAAGUCAUUCACACUCGCAUUCUCGUGGACGACAGCCGUCAAGAGAUCAUCCGUCGGAACAAUCAUCGGAGCAGACUGGUACCUGUUGCUCAGAGCAUAAUCCCAAGAAGCGCCAGAAGAGAAAGCCCAGUCCGAACGCAUAUGAAAAGAUGCCCAAGCCGUCUAAGAACCCAUCGCGGAGCACAUAA